AUGAUGAGUUGCUCUGUGUGGGUGUUGAGCCUUUUGGUUUUGGGAUCAAUUCUGAGCCCAACAGCUGCAAUAUCUUGUAGUGAUGGUAUAUCAACUUUGCUCCCAUGUAGGCCAUUCUUGGUGGGUUCUGGACCUCCAGUUCCUACUCCUCAGUGUUGUGCAGGUGCACAAGCAUUGAAUCAAAUGGCUACAACUCGAGAAAUUCGCAGGUCUCUUUGCAAAUGCCUAAAGGCCACUGCUAAGUCUGUGGGAGUGAAUCCUGUGAGAGCCAAGCAACUCUCCCUACUUUGCCAUAUUCAGCUUUAUGUACCCAUCCAACCGGAUGUGGAUUGCAACAGAUCUGAGUAUUUAGGAGUUUUGCUUUUUGUUUAUCUGUUACGUGAUUUGAGUUGUUUACCGAGGUCUAAGCGGUUGUUAUUGUCUUCAGUGAGAGUCAACACAGUGUUGUAA